ACGGGCUGAUGUGUUUGUCUCACUCAAAAGUGGAAAACGGUUAGAGAGAAAAAAAAGAGUAAGUGGUAUGGAAGAAGAUCUCACCAAAGGAGGAGGAGAUCCUUCUCCCAGAUUACUAGAUUUGAUUCCAAAGGAUGAGACAUGGAUGGUGAGAGGUAAAGAAAGAGUAGUAGCUGCUGCAGGAGGAGGAAGCAGAGAUAUAGAUUCAGAAGAAGAGAGAAAUCUGGAGUUGACACUUGGCCUUCCUGGAGGAGAAGAUUAUGUGAAAGAGAUAAAAACUGAGGAGGAGGGAUCUUCAAUUCUCUCUCUUGGGUUCUUUCCCAAGGCUCCUAAACCCAACACUAAUGUUGAUUCUGGAUCAAAAAGGGGAGCUUUUGACAAGUUUGAGCCCAACCCAGAAGGUACUCAGCAGCAGAAAAGUGGGUUUUUUCAGGUGGAAAAUAAAGCUAAUUUGGGGAAGGAAUUAUCACCAAUGACAAAAGGAAAAGCAUGCUUUUUUCCAUCAGCACAUGAUGAAGGUAUCAGAAGCUCUCAGGGAAGAAACAGUGCUCCUGUUGUCGGGUGGCCUCCGGUCCGAUCGUUUAGGAAAAAUCUUGCUAGUUGCUCAUCGAAACCAUCUUCGGAACCGCCGAACGUGAGCUCAGAAACCAGUUUGAAUCCUGAGAAUAUACAAAAGGGUUCGCUCGUAAAAAUUAAUAUGGAUGGGAUCCCCAUCGGACGAAAAAUAGACCUCCAGGCCUACGACAGCUACGAGAAGCUAGCUUCGGCGGUAGAAGAGCUCUUUCGAGGCCUUCUCGACGGUAUACGACCCCGGCGGGAUCCUUCUCAUGCUAAAGGUCGAGAAAAUGGAGAAGUAGAACAACCGUUUUGUGGCUUGCUUGAUGGAACUGGCGAAUAUACGCUUGUUUAUGAAGAUUUUGAUGGAGAUAGAUUGUUUGUCGGGGACGUUCCUUGGGAUGAGUUCGUUUCGGCAGCCAAGAGGUUGAGGGUGCAGAAAACAUCUGAGCUUUCGGCACUCCCAUUAGAAGCAGUUCGCAGAAGAAAGACGCAGGAUUGUUGAGAGUCAAACAAGAAUUGCCGGGAGAUGCUGAGUUGAAAGCAUUGCUUGUACUCUGAAUUUCUGUUUUUACAUCCUUUUUCGUUGCGCAUAUUGCAUCUGCGCACAAUGUAAAGUCAAAUUUACUGAUGGAUUGCGUAAAAUUAGCGCGAAUUCGGGUAACAAGAGGCAUGUUACGCCCAAGUAGUUGGAAAUGCUAACGUUUGCUUGGAUUUACAUCCAUGCUUUUUGAAAUUAUAUUUUUCACAUAAAUUUUGUUAUCUUA